AUGGCUGUAGACUUCGGCGACCACGCCAGCGGCUUCCGCCAUAAUGAAGUCAUCCGCUUUGUCAACAACGAAGUCCUCAUGAAUGGCGGCGGCCCAGACUUCUACAUGGCCUUCCGCUUGCGACCGUGGACAGAGGUAGAAGACCGGCUUCAGGCCGUCCUGGUGGACCCGCAGGUACCACGAACCCUCAAGCGGGCCUGUGCCUGGAGCGCUCUGGCCCUGGGCGUGCGAGCUGCCGAGAGGCAGAGGGAACAGCAAAUGCUCACUCUCCAGCAACUGCAGCAGCAGUUAGAGGACCGCCAGGCAGCAUCCUGGACUCUGGCCUCUGAACUGAAGCAUCUGCGAGAGGAGCGCGACUCUUUGGCUGCACAGCUACGUUCCACACAGGCCAUCUUGCAGCAGACACUGAGUGAGCGCGACCUGAUGCGCUGGAGGCUGCUGCGGGCUGAGAAGGCUACACAGACUUACCUGCUGUCCCAGGAGGUUGUAGGAGAUUUGGGAGCUGAACAGCUUGGAGGUGUGCCAUGGUGCUUGGGUGAAGACCCAAAGGAAGCUGUGUCCGUGGGGGCAGAAGGAGUACCAAAUCUGGAGGCCCAAAUACCAGUGCCUGAGACUUUGCUCUACAUGCCAACAACAAGCCCUUGGUUUCAGGCAGUACAGCCUUCUCUGCCAAUUUCACUGUCACAUCCACAUUCAAGUCAUGCACUGUUGUCAAUGGGCUUGACAUGCUCAACACCUAUACCAGCUCCAGGAGUAAAACCGGCAGGUGCAAUGGGAACAUUGGCAUCACAGGCAGAAAGUGCUUCCCAAUUCCAUCCAGAAAAGAGCUUUCCAUCUGGCUUGUGGGCUACCCAGGGGUCCCCAGAUGUAAUGGCACAGCUAUGUGACCCAAAUGGCCAAGGCCAGUAUAAAUAUCCUGAAAAUUUCUUGGGGGACAGUAUACAUCAUUGUCAUAGUCAAGAGGAAGAUCCUGUGUGUCCCCUUGGGACAGCCUGCUUGAGAGAUAACAGCAUCCUUGAAAAAGAAGUUCUAAUAAUGCCCCAUGGCUUGAUGCCUCAGGGGGAGAGUAACAACCAUGACUCAAACAUCCAUCCAGGAAUGUCCCAGCGGAUGGGCUCCCCAGGUCAGGGCAGCAGCCGUGACAAGAAAGAACCAUUGAUGCCCCACAGGAUGGCCACCCUCAUAGAGAACAACAGUGAUGAAAACAAAGAUUUAGUAGUAAUGCUUCAGGGGCCAGCUGCCAAGGGCGUGAACAGCAGCCUCAACCAGAAGGAAGAUCCAGAGACCCGCCAGGAAACAGUUCCCCCGGGCCAGAGCAGCAGUGCUGCCCAGGAGAAUGAUUCAACAAAGCCACAGGUGGUGAUCCACCUAGAACCAAGCAUCCAGCUUGCCCAGAAAAAAGAUUCAGUGAUGUCCCAGGGCAUGGCCACCAUGGCACAGAACAGCAGUCACAUCCAGAGGAAGGAUCCAGUGAUGCCCAGUGGAGGAGGCUCUAUGGAAGAUAACAUGAACCAUAACCAAAAGAAAGAUCCAAUCAGGCCCCAAGAGACAACCUCACUGAGUCAGAGCAGCAGUCAUACGCAGAAAAACGAUCUACUGAAUAGCCAGGGGAAAGCCCCGCUGGGCCAGAGCAAUAGCUCUUGGCAAAAGAAAGAUCCACAGAUGCCUAAUGAGAUUGCCCCCCGGGCACCGAGCAGACACCUCGGCCAGAAGAAAGAUCCGGUGAUGCCCCAGAUGACGGCCACUCUUGGACAGAAUAGUAGCCACAACUUGAAAAGUUCCGAGUUUUCUGAUGGGAUAGCCCCCCUGCAAGUCAGCAGUAAACCUGACCCGAAGAAAGAUACAAUAAUGUCCCAGGGGAAGGUCGCUUUUGGGCACAGCAGAAGUCAUACCAAGGAAGAUCGUGUAGAGAAGUCCCUGGCAACUCCUCUGAGUGAGAAGAACUGUGGUGGGAAGAAAAUUAUAAAGAAACAGCAGGCUCAGGCUCAGCCUCAGAAGGCUAAGCAACCAAAAGGGAAAAGAGUACUUGAGUUCUACCAUCGUAAGGCUGCUGCCUACAGCAGUUUAAAGGAUUGGGACUGUCCUUACUGUAAAAGUAGUAACUUUUACUGGCGCAUAUCCUGCUAUAAAUGCAGGAAAUCCUGUAUAAUGGUUAAGAAUGGGUGUGUUGCUCCAAAACAAACACACUAA